AUGUACCAGACGGAGACAGAUUUGAUGGAGGUGAUCCAGGGUCCUUCUCCAACCCCCGAGCUGUCCCCUGCAGCUUUUAUCAAUGCGGUGCAGUACGCCAACGUGUUGGAGGGCAGGUUCAAGCAACUUCAAGAUGAACGAGAAGCGGUACAGAAGAAGACAUUCACCAAAUGGGUCAACUCUCACCUGGCCCGGGUCACCUGCCGCAUCAGCGAUCUGUACAGCGACCUGCGGGAUGGACGCAUGUUGCUGCGUCUUCUGGAAGUCCUCUCAGGGGAGCAACUGCCCAAGCCGACCAAGGGCCGAAUGCGGAUACACUGUCUGGAGAAUGUGGACAAAGCCCUCCAGUUUUUAAAGGAACAGCGAGUCCACCUGGAAAACAUGGGCUCCCACGAUAUUGUGGAUGGCAACCACCGACUCACGCUGGGCCUCAUCUGGACAAUUAUCCUCCGUUUCCAGAUCCAAGAUAUCAGUGUGGAGACAGAGGAUAACAAGGAGAAAAAGUCAGCAAAAGAUGCACUCCUGCUUUGGUGUCAGAUGAAAACAGCUGGGUACCCAAAUGUGAAUGUCCACAACUUUACCACAAGCUGGAGAGAUGGCCUGGCUUUCAACGCAAUUGUCCACAAACACAGGCCAGAUCUGAUAGACAUUGAUACCUUGAAGAAAUGUAACGCACAUUACAAUCUCCAGAAUGCCUUCAAUGUGGCUGAAAAGGAGCUGGGCCUUACCAAACUCUUGGAUCCUGAAGACGUGAAUGUAGACCAACCUGAUGAGAAAUCCAUCAUCACUUAUGUGGCCACCUACUACCACUAUUUCUCUAAGAUGAAGGCCUUGGCUGUGGAAGGGAAGCGGAUUGGAAAGGUACUGGACUAUGCCAUUGAAGCUGACAAGCUCAUAGAGAAGUACGAGACCCUGGCGUCCGACCUUCUGCAGUGGAUUGAGCAGACCAUCUUGACCUUGAAUGACCGGAAGCUGGCUAACUGCCUGAGUGGAGUGCAGAACCAGCUGCAGGCUUUUAAUACCUACCGCACCGUGGAGAAGCCACCCAAAUUCACGGAGAAGGGGAAUCUCGAAGUUCUGCUCUUCACCAUCCAGAGUAAAAUGAGAGCCAACAAUCAGAAAGUUUACACACCGCGGGAAGGCAGGCUCAUUUCUGACAUCAACAAGGGUUGGGAGCGUCUGGAAAAGGCAGAACACGAGCGGGAGCUGGCCUUGCGCAAUGAAUUGAUUCGACAAGAGAAACUGGAACAACUGACAGCUCGCUUUGACCGCAAAGCAGCCAUGCGUGAAACUUGGCUGAGUGAAAACCAGCGCCUCGUCUCCCAGGAUAACUUUGGCUCAGAUAUUUCAGCAGUGGAGGCUGCCGUACGCAAACACGAAGCCAUCGAGACAGACAUUGUGGCUUACAACGAGCGUGUGACGGCCGUGACUGCCGUGGCCGAUGAGUUGGAGGCAGAGGGCUACCAUGACAUCAAGCGGGUGCUGGCACGCAAGAAUAACGUGGUGCGGCUCUGGGACUACCUCCGCGAACUGGUGGCCACGCGCCGCGAACGCCUCCUGCUCCACUUUGAGCUGCAGAAGAUGCUUCAGGACUUGACCUACCUCAUGGAUUGGUUGGAAGAAAUGAAGGGUCGCCUCCAAUCUCAGGACUUUGGGAAACAUUUGCAUGGUGUGGAGGACCUCCUUCAGAUCCACGCUCUGGUGGAAGCUGACAUUGCUGCCCAGGCCGAACGGGUAAAAGCCAUCUGUGCUGCGGCUCAGCGUUCUGCCACUCCAGGAGAAGGAUACAAACCCUGUGAUCCCCACCUGGUCCAAGAGCGAGUGGCAACGCUGAACCGGUGCUAUCAGGAACUGGUGGCCUUGGCCGCCCAACGCCGGGCCAAGCUGGAGGAGUCGCGCCGCCUCUGGAAGUUCUUCUGGGACAUGGGGGAGGAGGAGGCCUGGAUCCGCGAACAGAGCCAGAUCCUCUCCUCCGAUGACUUCGGCAAGGACUUGACCAGCGUGCUGCGCCUUACCAGCAAGCACAACGCUUUCCGCGACGAGAUGACGGGCCGGGCCGGGCCGUUGCAGCAGAGCAUUGCCGAGGGUCGCCAGCUGGUGGCCGAGGGCCACUUUGGAGCUACCGAGGUGGCCGAGCGCAUCCAGGAAAUUGAAGAGCAGUGGGAACAGCUGGAGACCCUGUCAAGCGAGCGGGAACGGCGUCUUCUCCAAGCCUCCAACCUUUAUCAGUUCCAGGCCGACGCCAACGACAUGGAGGCCUGGUUGCUGGACACUCUCCGCUUGGUCUCCAGCUCCGACAUGGGCCACGACGAAUACUCGACCCAGAGCCUGGUCAAGAAGCACAAGGACGUGGAGGAAGAGAUUCACAACCACCGGCCGGCCCUGGAUGCCCUCCACGAGCAGGCCCGCAGCUUGCCCCCCAACUUUGCCCAUUCCCCGGAAGUGGACGGGCGCUUGCCCGCCCUGGAGCAGCGCUACGAAGAACUGGUGGAUCUGGCCGAGCAUCGCAAACAGGCCCUGCAGGACGCGCUUAACCUGUACAAGAUGUUCAGCGAGGCCGACGCUUGCAGCCUUUGGAUCAGCGAGAGGGAGUACUGGAUCGAAACGAUGGACGUGCCGGAGAGAUUGGAAGAUCUGGAAGUGGUGCAGCAAAGGUUUGAGACCCUGGAGCCAGAAAUGAACAACCUGGCCUCUCGAAUCGCGGCCGUGAACGAGAUUGCAAGCCAGCUUUUGGGCGCCGAUCACAGGAACAAGGAAAGCAUUCAAGCCACCCAGGAGAAGCUCAAUAGCCGGUGGCAGCAGUUCCAGUCCUUGGCGAGCCAAAAGAAGGAGGCUUUGACCUCGGCCCUCAGCAUCCAGAACUACUUCUUGGAGUGCAACGAAACCAAGGCCUGGAUGCGGGAGAAAACCAAGGUGAUCGAAUCGACCCAAGGCCUGGGCAACGACCUGGCAGGGGUGAUGGCUCUGCAGCGCAAGCUGGCCGGCAUGGAGCGGGAUCUGGAGGCCAUCCAGGGCAAAGUCACGGACCUGCACGACGAGGCAGACCGCUUGGCGGCCCAGCACCCGGAGCAAGCCGCCGCCAUCUCCAGCCGCCUCGCCGAGAUUGACGGGACUUGGGACGAGCUGCGGGGAACCAUGCGGCGUCGCGAGGAGUCCCUGGGAGAAGCCAGCAAGCUCCAGGGUUUCCUGCGUGACCUGGAUGACUUCCAGGCCUGGCUCUUGCGCACCCAGACCGCCAUUGCCUCCGAGGACGUGCCGGCCACCCUGCCGGAGGCGGAGCAGCUGCUGAGCCAGCACGAGACCAUCCGAAACGAGGUGGAGCAUUACAAGGGCGACUACCAGCGAUUGCGGACCAUGGGGGAAGAAGUGACGCAAGGCCACACCGACGCCCAGCACAUGUUCCUUCAGCAGCGCCUUCAGGCCCUCGACACGGGCUGGAAUGAACUCGGGCAGAUGUGGGAGAACCGGCACCAGCUGCUUUCGCGGGCCUAUGGCUUCCAGGUCUUCCUGAGGGACACCAAGCAAGUGGAAGGAGUGCUCAGCAACCAGGAAUACGUAUUGACUCACACCAGCAUGCCCAGCUCUCUCCAGGCCGCGGAGGCUGCCAUUAAGAAACACGAAGAUUUCAUGACCACCAUGGAAGCCAACGGCGAGAAGAUCAAAGGCCUGGUUGACUCUGGGCGGAAACUCAUUAUGGAAGACAGUCUGCACUCCGAUAAGAUCCAGGAGAAGGUCAAUUCUAUUGACAGUCGACACAGGAAAAAUCAAGAAGCAGCCCAAGAUCUCCUGGCUCGGCUUCGGGACAAUAGAGUCCUUCAACAUUUCCUGCAAGAUUGUCAAGAGCUCACCCUGUGGAUCAAUGAGAAGAUGCUGUCAGCUCAGGACAUGUCCUACGACGAAGCCCGGAACCUCCACACCAAGUGGCAGAAGCACCAGGCUUUCAUGGCGGAGUUGGCCUCCAACAAGGGCUGGCUUGAAAAGAUCCAGAAGGAAGGGGAGCAGCUGGUGUCCGAGAAGCCCGAACUGGAGCCCGUGGUGAGAGCCAAGCUGGAUGACCUUCAGAAACUCUGGGAAGAAUUGGAAUCCAGCACCCAGAGCAAGGCUCGGUGCCUCUUUGAUGCCAACCGGGCUGAGCUCUUCACUCAGAGCUGUUCAGCCUUGGAGGCUUGGCUCAGCGGCCUGCAGGCUCAGCUACACUCUGAUGACUAUGGCAAGGACUUGACCAGCGUCAACAUCUUGCUCAAGAAACAGCAGUUGCUGGAGAACCAGAUGGACGUGCGGGAGAAAGAGGUGGAAGGGCUGAAGGCUCAGGCCUUGGCCCUCAGCCAGGAGGAUUCCAACACGGUGGAAGUGGAUGGGAAAUUGCGGACAGUGGAAGGAAAAUUUACGGAGCUGAGGGCGCCGCUGGGGGACCGCUGCAAGAAGCUGUUGGCCUCCAAAGAGGAGCACCAAUUCAACCGUGACCUGGAGGAUGAAAUUCUAUGGGUGAAGGAAAGGAUGCCGAUGGCCGUUUCCACUGACCAUGGCAAAGAUCUGCCCACCGUCCAGCUGCUGAUUAAGAAGAAUCAGACUCUGCAGAAGGAGAUCCAAGGUCACCAGCCGCGCAUCAACGACAUCCUGGGCAGGUGGCAGGGGCUGGCCUGCAGCGGCCUGGAGGCGGAGCUUCAGGGCCGGGUCGAGACCCUAGAGGAGAUGUGGCGGGAGCUGCAAGACCAGGUGGCCCAGCGGCGUGGGCGGCUGGAGAAAGCCCAAAUGGCCCAGCAGUUUUACUUUGAUGCCGCUGAAGCCGAGGCCUGGAUGGGUGAACAGGAGUUGCACAUGAUCUCAGAAGAAAAGGCAAAAGAUGAGCUGAUUGCUCAAGCCAUGGUCAAGAAACACUUGGGAAUGGAGCAGGCUCUGGAAGAUUAUGCCCAGACCAUCCAUCAACUCUCCGUGCAGAGCCGGGACAUGGUGAAUAAUGGCCACCCUGAAAGUGAGCGGAUCAAUCUUCGGCAAGGCCAAGUGGACAAGCUCUAUGCCAGCCUGAAGGACCUCGCUGAGGAGCGUCGGGCCAAGCUGCAGGAGCACCUCCGUCUCUGCCAGCUGAAGCGGGACGUGGAUGACCUGGAGCAAUGGAUCUCCGAACGGGAAGUGGUGGCCGCCUCCCACGAGCUUGGGCAGGAUUACGAACAUGUUACGAUGCUGCGGGACAAGUUCCGGGAAUUCUCGCGUGACACCAGCACCAUUGGCCAGGAGAGAGUGGACGGGGUCAACCGGCUGGCGGACGAGAUGAUCUCCACGGGCCAUUCCGAGAACGCCACCAUUGCGGAGUGGAAGGACAGCUUGAAUGAGGCCUGGGCAGAUCUCCUGGAACUCAUUGACACGAGAAGCCAGAUGUUGGCAGCUUCCUAUGAGUUACACCGCUUCUACCAUGAUGCCCGGGAGACUCUCAGCCAGGUCCAGAACAAACAGAAGCAGCUCCCGGAUGAAGCAGGCCGGGAUCUCAACACAGCUGAAGCCAUGCAGCGGAUGCACACGGCCUGCGAACAUGACAUUCAGGCGCUGAGUGCUCAGGUAAAACAGGUGCAGGACGACGCAGCACGGUUGCAGAAAGCCUACGCCGGUGAAAAGGCUGACGACAUUCGGAAGCACGAGCAGUCGGUGAGCGAGGCCUGGUCUGACCUCCUCAGCAGCAGCAGCGACCGUCGCCAACUCCUCGUGGACACCGUGGACAAAUUCCGCUUUUUCGGCAUGGUGCGGGACCUUCUGCUGUGGAUGGAUGACAUCAACCUUCAGAUAGAUGCCCAGGAGAAGCCCAGGGAUGUGUCAGCUGCCGACCUGGUCAUCAAGAAUCACCAAGGGAUCAAGGCCGAGAUGGAGGCCCGGACCGACAGCUUCAACGCAUGCAUAGCGAUGGGGGACGACUUGCUGGCUAAGGGGCACUAUGCCUCCGCGAAGAUUGUGGAGAAAUUAUCUCAGCUGCAGGAACGACGCAAGGAGAUCAACGAUAAAUGGCGAGAGAAAAUGGACUGGUUGCAAAUAGUUAUGGAAGUGCUGAUGUUUGGGCGGGAUGCCAGCAUGGCGGAAGCUUGGCUCGCCAGCCAGGAGCCCAUUGUGCGCUCCGCUGAACUGGGUGACAAUGUGGACGAAGUUGAAAACCUGAUCAAGCGACACGAGGGCUUUCAGAAAUCGGUAGCCGCCUGGGAGGAACGUUUCCUGGCCCUGGAGAAGCUCACCACGCUGGAAGAGAAUGAACAUCGGCGGCAUGAGCAGGAAGAAGCGAGGCAGAGGACAUCUCUGACGCCGACCCCAUUGGAACCCACCGUCAUGAUACCGCAGACACAGACUACAGACGGGCAUCAUCUACCCAGCACCACUCAGACCAAUGGGAGUCCUGGAGAGCAAGGCUUAGCUCUGGAGCUGCCAUCCCAAAAUGGUCUCGACCCUGAUUCUGAGUCUCCCCAGAUUUCAGAAUCGCCAGCUGCAGUCAAUGGGUCACAGCUGGAUUCUGUAUCCAAGGGCAAAGAGCCCAGCCCACCCGGCUCACCUAAGCUCAGCUCCAAGCCAGCUGUUCUCAGCACGGAUUCCGCUCAGUCGGUCACGCUGCCCCCACGAAUGCCAGACGACUCCGCCUCGGAGCAGAUGGGAGGAAUAUUAUAUCGGAAGCAGGAAAUGGAAUCCCAUGGCAAAAAGGCAGCGAACAGGUCUUGGCAGACCAUCUAUUGUGUGGUGCAGAAAAACAGCUUUGGGUUCUACAAAGACAGCAAGCACGCCAGCAACGGCAUCCCCUACCACGGGGAAGCGCCCGUCAGCUUGCAGGGCGCGCAGUGCAAUGUGGCUCUGGACUACAAGAAGCGCAAGCACGUCUUUAAACUCGGAUUAACAGACGGCAAAGAAUAUUUAUUCCAGGCGAAGGAUGAGGCAGAGAUGAGUACCUGGAUGCGAGUGAUCAAUGCUGCUGCUGCUGCUGCUGCUGCGUCGGCCCUCACCCCCCAAGACCCUGCGGAAGACCAGCCUGCGCUCAUCAGCAAAGGCAUGACGCGGGCCAUGACGAUGCCAGCCGGGCCCCCGCACAGCGCCUCGGAAGGGACCGUCACCCUGCGUAGCAAAGAGGCGAAGGAGAAGGACCGCGAGAAACGUUUCAGUUUUUUCAAGAAGAAUAAAUAG